CCGGCUAGUGGGCGGUGUUUGAGCUGGUGAUGUCACGCUCCUUGAAGACAUGGGGGCGGGCCCUCUAUUCUGCAGGGUGAAGUAUGAAGGCAUCUGAUGCUGCUGGUGCUGCUGAUAGAGCCUGAGAUUGGAGCUGGGUGACCUGAAGCCGUUAUCGUGGCCCCAGCGGCUGGAUGCAGAAGGGCGCACGGAUUAGAUGGGGCACACAUGAGGCAGGGCAGACAGUCUUCAAAACAGUAGUUGGAUGGGAGUCAGUACUUCUGCUCCUCUGAGCAUAAUCAGCAGCAAUGUCUGGAAUUGGCUACGCUGACAGAAGCGAAUAAAAAUAUCUCCAGAAGCUUUCUAAUUCCUUGUGCUUGAAAAGAAAAAUUCUACAAACCAUGGGCCUCAGAAUGCAGCUACACAGAAUAUUACCAAAUUGGAACAGUUCUUAAUGCAACCAUAGUUCUAAUAAAGAAUGUUUUCGCUUUGCUUGAAAUGUCACGGAGGACUGUCAAGAAUCAAAAUUUCCAAGCCCUGCUGAAAAACAACAGUGUAUUUGCAUAUUAGUAGCUAUAAUAAGUGAGAUCCCAUCAGCUAUUCUGUUAGCGGGGCAGUGAGUCAUUGUCACACAGUGGAGGAAUUGUUGCUCUUCUACGAGCAGCAUGGCACAGGCAGCCCACGAUGGAGGUGUUCUAGUUUAUCCCUUCUGCUCCUGCUGCUUGCAAAGCAGCGCCACUACAUGAUCACAUGACUCUGGAUAUGGACUCAGUCCUGUCAGACUUUGUUCGGUCGACAGGGGCUGAACCAGGUCUGGCAAGGGACUUGCUGGAAGGAAAAAACUGGGAUCUCACUGCAGCUUUAAGUGACUAUGAACAACUUCGACAGGUGCACACAGCAAAUUUGCCUCAAGUAUUUAAUGAAGGUAAAUACUACAAGCAGCAGGAGAAAGAAAUCACCCAGCAUGUCAACAAGAUCGAGAAACCAAACCUCCAAAGACAGGAUGACAUUGCUCAAGAAAAGAGACUCUCCAGAGGCAUUUCCCAUGCCAGCUCAGCCAUUGUUUCCCUUGCUCGGCUUCAUGUGGCCAAUGAAUGCAGUAGCGAGCCAUUUCCUCUUGAAAUGCCCAUCUACACAUUCCAACUACCAGACCUCAGUGUGUAUAGUGAAGACUUCAGAAGCUUUAUUGAACGGGACUUAAUUGAGCAAUCAACAAUGGUGGCUUUAGAACAGGCAGGGAGACUAAACUGGUGGUCAACUACAUGCUCAAGUUGCAAACGUCUUCUGCCCUUAGCAACAACUGGAGAUGGAAAUUGCCUUUUACAUGCUGCCUCUUUGGGAAUGUGGGGAUUUCAUGAUAGAGAUCUGGUUCUGAGGAAAGCCCUUUAUACCAUGAUGAGGAGUGGAGCUGAGAGGGAAGCACUGAAAAGACGGUGGAGGUGGCAACAGACACAGCAGAACAAAGAGUCCGGGUUGGUUUACACAGAAGAUGAGUGGGAACGGGAGUGGAAUGAACUACUGAAGUUGGCAUCUAGUGAGCCCCGGACACACUUCAGCAAGAACGGAGGCUCUGGUGGUGGAGUUGACAAUGCAGAAGACCCAGUGUAUGAGAGUCUGGAGGAAUUCCAUGUGUUUGUACUGGCCCAUAUUUUGAGAAGACCAAUUGUUGUAGUUGCAGAUACAAUGCUCCGGGACUCAGGGGGAGAAGCAUUUGCACCUAUCCCUUUUGGCGGAAUUUAUUUACCUCUUGAAGUCCCACCAAAUAGGUGUCACUGCUCACCCCUGGUCUUGGCCUACGAUCAAGCCCAUUUCUCAGCACUUGUGUCCAUGGAGCAGAAAGAUCAACAACGAGAGCAAGCAGUCAUCCCUUUAAUUGACUCAGAACACAAGCUUCUACCUUUGCACUUUGCGGUUGAUCCUGGGAAGGACUGGGAAUGGGGCAAGGAUGACAAUGAUAACAUCAAGUUAGCCAGUCUGAUCCUGUCUCUGGAGGCCAAACUGAACCUUCUGCACAGCUACAUGAAUGUAACAUGGAUACGCAUCCCCUCUGAAACACGGGGCCACACAUCUUGGUCAGCACCCAGGCCUCUGAGCAGUGGGGAUUGUCAGGCACCCUUGGCCCAACCAGAAUCUCCAACAGCUUCCACAGGCGAAGAUGUGCAGUCACUGGCGGACUCCAUGGACUCUGAUCGAGACUCUAUCUGUAGUAAUUCUAAUGUCAACAAUGGAAAAAAUGGGAAAGAUAAAGAUAAAGAAAAACAAAGGAAGGAGAAGGAAAAGAAUAGAACUGAUUCUGUGGCAAAUAAGCUUGGAAGUUUUAGUAAAACACUGGGUAUUAAGUUGAAAAAGAACAUGGGGGGCCUUGGAGGAUUAGUUCAUGGUAAAAUCAGUCGAGCUAAUUCAGGCAAUGGGAAGAACGGGGACUCAACUGACAAAGUUAAAAAGUCCAAAUCUCGGAAGGGGAGCAAAGAGGAAUCAGGACAGUCUGCCAGUACGUCCCCUUCUGAGAAAACAACUCCAUCACCCACCGAUAAAGCUAGCAUUUCUCCUGUUGAUAAACUAACCAACAGAUCACUGUCAGAUAAUAAGUCUGACCCAUGGAAAUAUAGCACAGAUGUAAAACUCAGCCUUAAUAUAUUGAGAGCAGCCAUGCAAGGGGAACGUAAGUUUAUCUUUGCAGGGCUUCUUCUUACCAGUCACCGGCAUCAGUUCCAUGAGGAAAUGAUUGGUUUCUACUUAACCAGUGCCCAGGAACGUUUUAAUGCUGAGCAAGAGCAGAAAAGGAAGGAGGUUGAGAAGAAAGCUUCUCUAAAUGGAUCAUCGUGUCGAAAGCUAGAUCAAGAUGGUUUUGCUAAAGAUAAGCUGGAUUCCUCACCUCAGGACAGGGCAUCACCAAUCUUGCCUCAAAGCCAUACAACACAACUUGUUCUAAAACUCAAAGAACGUUCCAGUCCAACCCCAACAUCCUAUCCCUCACCCAACAAUGGUGCUAAAAAAUGCAGCCCCAUUCCAGUAUCUGCACACUAUAGCCAUACACCACCAGUCCAAAGGCAAAGUGUUAUCCAUUUACAUGAUGUCAACUCCAAGUCGUCCAGCUUCCAAGAUGACCCUUAUAAGCCAACAAUAGGCUCCUUAAAAACUUGUGCUACAUAUCCCCAACAAAACAGGUCAUUAUCUUCACAAAGUUAUAGCCCGGCAAGGUUAUCGGGUAUACGCACAGUGAACACAGUGGAAUCUCUUACAUAUGAAAAGCCUUCGGAGCAUAAAUCUCAGACAUAUACAAAUGGGUUCAACUCUAGUGAUAUCCGAGACUGCUUAGAAUAUGCUGAUGAGGAAGCCUCUCAGACAUGGUUGAACAAUGAUAAAAACAGCAGAGGCAGAAGCACAGGUUGUCCAAUCUAUUCACUCCAUCAGAGCAGGUGUAAAAAAGAAAAUUGUUCUUUUUAUGGGCGCCCUGAGACUGAAAAUUACUGCUCUUACUGCUACAAAGAGGAGCUGAAGCGUCGGGAUAGGGAAAGUAAAGUUCACAGGCACUGAAUGGCCCAUACCACAUAAGAUCUAUCCUUUUAUACAUGCAAGACUUCUAUACUAAACUCACUUUAAUUGUAAUAGAACAAAUUAGCCAAAUUAGACUAAAGACAGGGAUGCAAUGACACAUCUGCUUGUUUUGAUACAAAAGCAGGCAUCAAUAUGUUGGUAACAAUGUAAAGGCAUAAUAAUACCUUUAUAUUCCGUUUAUCCCUGCUCAUGUUCAUGUGUUAAGCUGAAAGGUUGUUUAUAUCACAGUCAGAAUGUGGUUAUUAUUAACUAAGGUGCCUGAACUUUUUUCUAUCACUCAGGUAAGUAGAAAGAAACAUUAAAUAUUUCUAAUAUCACUAUUGGCUUUGUGCAGUCAGAGAUGAUCUUUGGCUUUCAUGGUUUUAUUGAUUUCCUAUGUGACACAAACAUACAUUUCUACUAUCUUUUUAGUCACUUCAUGUACAUUUUACAUUAAAGGGUUUUGUAAUUUGGUCUUCCCUUUUGUGGAUCCUGGCGACAAUGAGAAAAAGAUCUCGUAAGGCUGGAUACCUGCAUGAAACCAUUUUAAAUUCCAAAGUCCCUAUGAAUCAGAGCUUAAUAUAUCCUGAAAAUGUGUUUCCUUGAAGGGGGAAUUAGUGUUGCAAGACUAAUUAGGUCAUUAGCAGACAAACAGGGCGAUUCAUCUUACUCGAAUAUAAUGCAGCCGUUUCCAUAUUCACAACUGCCAUUGUGUCCUUUAAUACCCAGAAUGCAAUAGUGAGAAAAACGCCCAGUGACAUGAUAAACCAUACCUAAUAAUCUGCAUGUUUUUUACAAUAUAACUCAUAAAUAUUUCAAGGACGAGUAUACUGGAAUUAUGUCAUAGCUUGAGCAGAGAUACCCUGCCAUUGUGCGGCUGAUCAGCAAUACUUUCUGCAGUGAUGUCAGACUCACCUUCAGACUCUCCUGAACCAGUGAUUGGCUAAGAACUGUGCUGCAGUUCAACAUAGCAAUAGUUGGGGGCUAAACAUUUUGAGGUCACUCGUAAUUAGGCUAGUCAUUAAAAUGACUUACUGGGGCUGAUUAACAUAGAUGCUAUAAAAUACCAGCCCAUAUGCCAGUAGCAACCAAUCAGCAGCUAGUUUUGAUCAAAUUGCUACAAGUAAUAAAAUGAAAGCAAAGACCUAUUAGUCACUAUGGGUAACUGUAGUGAUAACGUUUAGCACGUCUUAGUAAAUAAGCCCACAUGUAGGCCUGAAUCCCCAUUUUUUAGUCUUUGUCGCCACUAUUCUGUGGGCAGUGCCAAGUGGAAACCUGCACAUAGAUGCUAAGUCAGUAAAAUAAUUAUCAGUUUCCCUAAUAUUAAGGUUUCAGCUAACUAUAUGGGGCCUCUAGGCUUGCAUAGCGCUCUGCAUGUCAUUUGUAUCACAAAAGAGACUGAGGUGUAAUCACAUGUAUUUCCAUAACAUUUCCAUUGCAAGUGACACUGCAUACAUUUUUCCUUUCAUUAAAGAGUCAGUAAACCUUUCAAAAGUUUAAAACCGAAGACCUUUUAGUAUGGUGUAGUAUACAAGUGUUCUGUAGGUCCUCCUUUUUGGUAUUUUUGAGUUAUAAAUGCACACUGGCCCUUGCAACUACUCUGUGGCUUGAAUGGCAAAUGAUAAUUGUACUCUAGCAUCACACUCAAACUGCACUGGUUGCUUGGCUCAGGGACAAUUCCAAACAUUAGCUUUCAGUGUCAAAAUCGUCCUAAAUAUCCCUCUAGUCUAGGGAGGUGUUUAGGAACCUCAUGUGUGCUGCAUACUCCCUUUUGUCUUGCUGAGAGCAUCUGUUCAGUGUACGAUGUUCAUUGCUUUAGAAUGUGCCUAUGACAAGCACCAGACAAGAUGCGUCUGAACAGCGCUGCUUGAUAUGUUCCAGCCAUACACAUUGCUAACAAGAGUUACAAAAAACGUCAUAAUGUUUAGCCUACAUGUAAUAAUAAAUAUCUCUGUGUGUGCUUGUACUGCAAUUGACACUGAACAUUCAUUUCUAGUGACUGGCACAGACAUAGAGUUGUCACUGUUCUAGAUAGUCAGUUGGGAAUCCGCUGACAGAAGCUAAAGCAAAAUGUACCCUGUCAAUACAAUUGGCCCAUGCUUCUGCAAACAAAUAUUUCUAUAUGUCUCACGAGAAGAGGUCAGUUGAAAGACCUGGAGAAGAUUCAUGGUUCCCACUGCCCUUAGACCACAAACCAGUCAAUUUCUACAAAUAAAAAAUGCCCAUUAUUAUUAUAAUUCUUACAUAGUGCAGUCCUUGCUUUACAGUUAACCAGUGAUAUCAAACCAUUUUACCCCCCUUCACUUCCACCAGAAUUUUCACAGUAUAUUUAGGCCGAGAGAUAUUGGACUUGUGCCUCCUGGCCUCUGUGAGCUACAGUUCCUAACAUCUGCAUCACCUCUAGCCUCUACCUCUGGGGCACUGAGUGCUAGUGAUUGGGCAUUGAGUGCCAUUUAUUGGAUAACUGGUUUAUGUAAAAAAUGCAAACGUUAAAGAUUUAAAAAUGACACCUGUUCAUCAGGCAUAAAGUAUUAAGGAUCCACAGAAGGCUAACAUACAAUAUACAGAUCCCCUUUGGAACAGUUCAUCAAAUGUUCUCAUAGACAAAGUUAAAUGCAUAAUAAUAAAUAUUGAACGUGUUACUCAUAUCUAAAAUGCUAUUUAAUUUACAUAUUGCACAUAAAAAUACUGAAGGGAAAAAAGUAUGUGAA